AUGGGGGAAGACGGCGGCCGCCGGGCAGCAGACCCCGACCGGUUGGCGCUGGAGCUGGGGCGGGAGAGGCGGAAGAAGCAAAUGCUUGAAAUCUCAAUGUUUGAACUGAGAAACACAGUAACAGAAUUGGAAAAAAGACUUGCCAGUGUUGAAGAUGAAGGUAAUGAAUGGAAAACCAGAUAUGAGACACAAGUAGAAUUGAACAAACAGCUGGAAAGGCAAAUUAAUAUUCUUCAAGAGAAGAUGGAGCUUAUUCGUGGCAAUCCAGCAGAUAAAUUGUCCAUUGUUCGCACCUUUGAUCAAAUGCCUGUGGGUUCCUUAAAAGAGGUUCUUAAACAACUAGAAGAAGAGAAGAAAAUUCUCCAGAAUCAGCUAAAAGACUAUGAACUUAGACUGGAACAAGAAGCAAAGGCUUACCACAAAGCUAAUGAUGAGCGGCGCAUGUACCUCUCAGAGAUCUUCCAGACCUCAGCUACACUUAAAAUUGUUGAAAGGCAAAAAACAGAUGCUCUGACAGGCAAGGGAGAAAACCAGAUACUGAGAGGGAGAUACAGUGUUCCAGGAAACUUGAAGAUGGUUAAUCCUCAAAAAGGAUCGAUUAAAAAGACUGUAGGAGUGAAGCAGCUUCCAAAACUAAAGCACUGA